CGAUUGGCUCCGCGGACAUCUGCACGGACGUCCGCCCUCGGGAUGCGCGCGUUGAAUCGUCUCGUCAGUUUCCCGCCACCGUCUGGUCCUGUGCGGCUUUCGUGAUGGAAAUUAUGGAAUUACCCAGGUCGCGCAUCAACGCCAGCAUGCUAGCUCAGUACAUCGACCGGCCGGUCUGCUUCGUGGGGAGGCUAGAAAAGAUUCAUCCAACUGGAAAAAUGUUCAUUCUUUCAGAUGGAGAAGGAAAAAAUGGAACCAUUGAGUUGAUGGAGCCUCUUGAGGAAGAAAUCUCUGGAAUCGUGGAAGUAAUUGGAAAAGUAACACCCAAGGCAACUAUUAUGUGUACAUCUUAUUUCCAGUUUAAAGAAGAUAACCAUCCUUUUGAUCUUGGACUUUACAACGAAGCAGUGAAAAUUACCCAUGAGUUCCCUCAGUUUUUUCCUUUGGGAGUUGAAAAGUCUGAUUGAUUGCAAUGAAAUUUUUACAAUAGCAAAUGACCUACAUUGAAGACUAUUAAAGGAGGCCCAAGUGAUCUCCAUAGGGAGCACUUACUGAGGUCUUUAAUAUUUCAUCUGUUCUCUUUAAUUUUAUGUACCUAACUUUAUUAGAGUUCAUCCCAGUACACCAUUUUUUUAAUGGCUCUGACAUACUCAGAUCUUUCUUAAGCCCUCAUAAAAAAAUUAUACUUCUCCAGUGUAUAGUUAAAUCAGAUGUAAAAACAAAUUACCAAAGUUUAGUGACUUCAUUAAUAAAAGUUAAAAUGAUAAAUAC